AUGGCUAGAAUAAUGCCAUACUUGGCUAACUUUGUGCCGUUCGAAAGGAAAAAUCUUAUGUAUUUGAUUUUAACAACCGCGUUGGCUCAAUGCUCUGUUGCACUCUUUAAUAUAUUAUGGGUUUAUGCAGUUGUAUCAGUAGUACCUCAAACUUGUCAUGAUAUUCCUAGUACCUUUAUGAUUCAAAAUUUAACAACGGAAAAUUCACACUGCGAUCUGACUUUGUUAUGGGGGAAAAAUCAUGGCGAAAUAGCUACUAAUCCGUUAGUCAAAAUAUUGACCAUAUAUUACGUUCAAUAUAAAUGGGUUGCGUCUGUUGUAAUCGGCUGCCUAGUAUUAUCUACUCCAAUGUCUUUUCUGGCAAACGGAAUGCCAUUAAUAACAUUAGCAAGUGGCAUUAAUGAGGGAAUAUGGCAUCACUUUUUACCUGAUGAACCUGUAGUGAUAUCAGAAGACAAUCAACAAGUCGCAAAAAAUUCGUCGAAUAAGAAAAAACGUAACUUUCGUUUAUGCAUGCGAUUAUCGGAAAUUCUACUUCAAGUGAUUAUAUUUACUGCCCUUUAUUUGAUUUGCCUAUUUUGUCCUCAGGCUUACUUUCUGUAG